CGGGAGCCCGGGCGACCGGGCUUCUGUGAAACAUGGCGGUCGGCUGGGACCGUAGCACAAGGAAAGAAUGAGUAUAAAUUGAAAGAUGGAAGAAGGAUCAGUCUUGGUGCUGUUACUGCUAAGCAGCAUGACUAUAUGAAAGAAGAAGAAGGUUUUCCUGAAGAUGAGGCGACUGAAUCGGAAGAAGACCUUAAGUUUGGUGAAAGAGUUGGAUGCCUUUCCGAAAGUUCCUGACAGCUAUGUAGAGACUUCAGCCAGUGGUGGUACAGUUUCUCUAAUAGCAUUUACCACUAUGGCUUUAUUAACUAUAAUGGAAUUUUCAGUAUAUCAAGAUACAUGGAUGAAGUAUGAAUAUGAAGUAGACAAGGAUUUUUCUAGCAAAUUGAGAAUCAAUAUAGAUAUUACUGUUGCCAUGAAGUGUCAGUAUAUUGGAGCAGAUGUAUUGGAUUUAGCAGAAACAAUGGUUGCAUCUGCAGAUGGUCUAGUUUAUGAACCAGCAAUAUUUGAUCUUUCACCACAGCAAAAAGAGUGGCAGAGGAUGCUACAGCUGAUUCAGAGUAGACUGCAAGAAGAACAUUCACUUCAAGAUGUGAUAUUUAAAAGUGCUUUUAAAAGUACAUCAACAGCACUUCCACCAAGGGAAGAUGAUUCAUCACAGCCUCCAGAUGCUUGCAGAAUUCGUGGUCAUCUAUAUGUCAAUAAAGUAGCAGGGAAUUUUCACAUAACUGUGGGCAAGGCAAUUCCACAUCCCCGAGGUCAUGCACACUUGGCAGCACUUGUCAGCCACGACUCUUACAAUUUUUCUCACAGAAUAGAUCAUUUGUCUUUUGGAGAGCUUGUUCCAGGAAUUAUUAAUCCUUUAGAUGGAACUGAAAAAAUUGCAUUAGAUCACAACCAGAUGUUCCAAUAUUUUAUUACAAUCGUGCCAACAAAACUACAUACGUAUAAAAUUUCAGCAGACACCCAUCAGUUUUCUGUGACAGAAAGGGAACGUGUCAUUAACCAUGCUGCAGGCAGCCAUGGAGUCUCUGGGAUUUUUAUGAAAUAUGAUCUCAGCUCUCUUAUGGUGACAGUUACUGAGGAGCAUAUGCCAUUCUGGCAGUUUUUUGUAAGGCUUUGCGGUAUAGUUGGAGGAAUCUUUUCAACAACAGGCAUGUUACAUGGAAUUGGAAAAUUUAUAGUCGAAAUAAUUUACUGUCGUUUCAGACUUGGAGCCUACAAACCCGUCAGUUCUGUUCCCUUUGAAGAUGGCCACACAGACAACCACUUACCUCUUUUAGAAAAUAAUACACAUUAGCACCUCCCAAGUAAAGGAGAAAAACUUUUUGCCUGAGACGUAAAACCUUUUUUAAUAAUAAAAUAUUGUGCAAUAUAUUCAAAGAAAAUAUGAAUGAGAAGCAGGAAUCACCCUAGGGGGAAAAAAAAAAAGAAAAAAACCCAAACUGAAAUCCUAUAUGUGUUGUGUCUCUUACAAAUGUCCUAGAAGAAAUUAUGCAGCUAAUCUAAUCAGUGAAUAAGCCCACUGGAAUAUUGCGUUGAAGAUGACCCCUUCUGAUAUUUUCAUAGCAAACGGCAGUAUCGAAAUCAAACCUUGCUUCUUGAUGACAAAGAGCCUGAAGGAAGAAGUCAAACCACAUCUAAAGAAAAUGGCAUUGAUAAGUGCAAAUGUUUGCAUCUGUUUGUUUUUAAAAGAUAUGAUGUCAGAAUAAAAUAUGUAAAACAUGUGGAAAA